CCGCAAGUCAGUCUCCAUCGACGAACACCGACGUCUUCUCGCAUCUCCCUCCCCUCCACUCCCCCGGCUCGCCCAGGUCCUCCUUCCUACCGAUCACCAUGUUCUCCGUUCGCCUCGCCCGCGUCGGCCUCCGUGCCUCCGCCCAGCAGUUCACCGUGCCUCGCACUGCCGCUCUCAACGGUCUUCGCACCUAUGCCACCCCGGCCCAGGAGGUCAAGCCCCCGGUGUCUCUGUUCGGCGUUGACGGCACCUACGCUACUGCUCUGUACACCGCCUCGGCCAAGUCCGCCGCUCUGGAGCAGACCGCCAAGGCCCUGGGCAACCUGGGCCAGACCCUCAAGGCCGACCGCAAGCUGAUCGAGAUCCUCAACGCGCCGACCCUCUCCGUCUCCGACAAGCAGCAGAUCAUCGCCGAGCUGCAGAAGGUGGCCGGCGGCGCCGACAAGGCCGAGAUCAUCAAGAACUUCCUGGCCACCUUGGCCGAGAACAACCGCCUGGGUCUGCUGGAGGGUGUCUGCGAGAAGUUCGCGACCCUCAUGGGCGCCCACCGCGGUGAGGUCGAGCUGAACAUCACCAGUGCUCAGGAGCUCGACACCAAGACCCUCAACCGUCUCGAGCGGGCCGUCUCCAAGUCCGAGUUCAGCCAGGGCAAGAAGCUCAAGGUUGUCUCCAAGGUCAACCCCGACCUCCUCGGCGGCCUCGUCGUCGAAAUCGGCGACCGCACCAUCGACCUCAGCGUUUCCUCCAAGAUCGCUAAGCUCAACAAGGCCCUCACCGAUGCUCUGUAAAUUUUUUGCUUUUUUCCCAGCAAAAAAGAAAUUGACUUGUGUUGUGUGUUGAUGGAAGCGCAAAAAAAAAGCAAAAACCGUUGAAAGCUUUUGUGUCCCCAAAGAACGGUCUCUUCCAUCAGUAUAACUAUACUCCAUCGCCCUCCCACCCUUCAUCCAUACACCCCCAUUAUCUCACUUCCUUGAUCCGUCAUAUAAAUGUAUCCUAAACCUCAAUUACGCAAUUUUUCUUUGAA